UGUUAAUUAAUUGUUAUUUUCAGUGUGUCUGAGAGCGCCGUCGUCCCGACCGCCGGAAGUCUGCAUGAAGCUGCGUCUCCUUCACAGGCGACGGCGUCGACGUUUUUUUUUUUCUCCCUGUCUUGUUUUUUUUUUUUUUUUUAUUCGACACUUUUUUUUCUCUUUUUUUAUUUUCUCUCGGAGAGAUGAGCAGGGAGUGAGCGAUGGAGGCGUGGGGGCGACGCGGUUCGUGCUCACGACGCGGCGGGCAGGUUGAGCGUUUGAACAGGCGGGCCUCCUUCUAGCUAACGUUAGAGCGAGCCCGCGAACAAAAGGAGAAAUGAACGGAGAAAACAUGUUGCCUAUGUGUCAGUGGGAGAUGAUCGGGAAGCAGAAGAUUGGAGAAAUAAUGGACGAUUCCCAUUUCAACUCAUCAUACUUUUGGUCUCCCGUCCCCACUGUACAAGGACAGCUCGAGAACGCCAUGUUCCUGAACAAGGCCAAGGAGCAGCUGGGUCAGGAGAAGGCCUCCUUCCCUCACGCCUCCGCGUCUUCCACCUCCUCCCCGCACUACCCCACGGCUGUGCUCGCCAUCCCCGGCUCGGUGGACACGGGGCCCGGCGUGCGUCUGGUCCCCAAGCAGGAAGGAGGUGGGGUUAGCGCAGCGGGAGGAGGAGUUGCCAUGAGUGCGCUGGGGAGCCACCUGCACACCACGCAGAACAUCACCGUUGUGCCUGUUCCCUCCACUGGUAUCAUGACGGCAGCGGGGUUAGUGAUUACCACCCCUCAAGGCACUCUGGUCCCCACCGCCUCCACGCAGUCGUUUGUAGCUGGACACCCCACUGCCACCACCAUGAUAGUAUCUGCAGUGCAUCCCUCAAAUACAGACAAGAAGGACAACAUUGCUGUCCCUCCUGCUGUUGUCAUGCCGACACCAUCAAAGCGGGGCAGGAAGAGCAAACAGAUGUUGGCCAGAGUGGCCGGAAUGGGUGGGGUCCUUCCUCCAGGAAGUGAUGCAUUAAUAUUGGCCCACCUCGCCGCUGGUGGACAACACCACACUGCUGACCCGUACGACCUGUCAAAUGAUGAGGAUGACCAUACCAACAAAGACGGCCCCAAGUCCUACAGGUGCCGGAUGUGUGCGGUGACAUUCUUCAGCAAGUCGGACAUGCAGAUCCACGCCAAGUCCCACACGGAGGCCAAGCCCCACAAGUGCCCCCACUGCUCCAAGUCGUUCGCCAACUCCAGCUACCUGUCCCAGCACAUCCGCAUCCACAGCGGGGCCAAGCCCUACACCUGCUCCUACUGCCAGAAAACAUUCAGGCAGCUCAGUCACCUACAGCAGCACACACGAAACCACACGGAGGCCAAGCCCCACAAGUGCCCCCACUGCUCCAAGUCAUUCGCCAACUCCAGCUACCUGUCCCAGCACAUCCGCAUCCACACGGGGGCCAAGCCCUACGCCUGCUCCUACUGCCAGAAAACAUUCAGGCAGCUCAGUCACCUACAGCAGCACACACGGAUUCACACCGGUGACCGACCGUACAAGUGCAACCAUCCCGGCUGUGAAAAAGCUUUCACUCAGUUGUCCAACCUGCAGUCUCACCGUCGGCAACACAACAAAGACAAGCCGUUUAAGUGCCACAACUGUAACCGUGGUUACACGGACGCUGCAAGCCUGGAGGUGCACCUCUCCACACACACCGUCAAACACGCCAAGCUGUUCUCCUGUGGCCUCUGUAACCGAUCCUAUACCUCGGAGACGUAUCUAAUGAAACACAUGAGGAAGCACAACCCCGACCCGCUGACAGUGGCAGCAACAGUAGCGGCCCGGCAGGCGCAGGGCCUCACAGCGGGCAGGGGCCGAGGACGCGGCCGAGGGAGAGGAGCGGGCAGAGCGGGCCAGCUCCAGAAUCAGACCAACCAGAACCCCGGAGCGCCCGGCAGCUACCAGCAGAACCAGCAACCCUCGCAAGCUAUGGUGCAGUGCCCAUUCGACCUGCACCAGUACAAGACGGUGUCGGCCAGCGAGAUCCAGUACAAACCGGUCUCUGUGGCCGACCUGCCAGUGGUCCACAAAGACCUCUGCCUCACCGUCUCCACCUCGGCCAUACAGGUGGAGCACAUGAACUCGUAGGCCGUGUCUUCCGUAUCUGCAGUGUAAAAAGAUCCAUAUAAACAAGUCAUUUAACUGUAUUCACGAUUAUGGUCCUCUGGGAAGGAAACGAUGGCUCAUUGGGUGGAACGUUUAGAUAUCCAUUCACUCAACGCUUCUCUUUUUGUCCAUUUUAAGAGGUUUUAAUGCGGAGAACAGCGCUACAUUUCUGGUCAGAACACAGAUAUUGUGCUUCUGGAUCCCUGAGGCCACUUGUGCCAAGUGUCUCUCAGUGGACAUGCUGCUCCGGAGAACUGAGACAAGUAGUUCAUUCCUCAGUCCGGAGACACAUUCCUCCAGUUAUAGACUUCAGCGGAACCCUGAUAUGAGAUCACUUUGGGCUUUUAGAUCAUUAUGAAUGAGAUGCUGAUGCAAUUCAGACCUGGAGUCAUCAAAAGGAUGUAUGUCUAAUUCACCUUUUUAACUAUGAGUCCACAGACAGCAGUCCAGUAUCUUUAUAAAAGAGGGUUGGUUUUUAUCGCACCAUCUGAGGAUGAAGAUUUGCAAUAUCUGUAAAAUACAUGAAAUCACACUAGUCUCUGCAAAUGUAUUGUCCAGAGAAGGGGGUUCUUUUUGAAAAAAUGUAGAUCACAUUAAUCUGAGUAUUGUCCAUUAUUAGUUAUUAGCUGAAGCGAAUAACAAGGGAGAGAAAGAAGACAUGGAAUCCCAGAUGAAACUCCUAAGGACCUUAGUAGAUGCGUCUUGAAUAUUGAAGGACGCCUCUGACACCAGAGGCUGCAUCUGAGCGAGGAGACGAAAAGGGUGAGGCGUGUUACUGGAUGGGGGCUAAAACCUGGGGCUGAGUCUCAAAGUGUUCCUGACGUUCUCAUUUACGCCCUCCUCCCCUCAGACAGGAGCCGCUUCCAUGUCGGAGCCCAAAGUCCAUCCAAAGAGACGCAGCGGUCGGAGAAUGCCCAAAACACGAGGAAUCUGCAGCACAGCCAUGAGAGGGAGAAAAGGGAGUUGGUUGGGGGGUCAUAAAGAAAGCACUUGAUAAAGCCUGUACUUCAUGUCUAUGUUUGCCAUUAUUGUACGUUUUCUUUUCUUUAUUUUAAAAAACGUAUAUAAUAUGUAUGUAUUUUUCUACCAACAGAGGAACAUGUGAACAGAGAAAGCUAAGUGAUGCAUGAAUGUGAAGAGAACAGAGAGAAGAGUACACACAAAGUGUUUUUGUCUUACUAUUCAAACUCCAACAGUAGUAAAGACCACCCAACUUAUAAUACUCCGUUGUUUGGGAAAUCAGGACUGUGGUGUCUGACAGGUACUGUUAUCAAUCUCUUUUUUAAAGAACUUUUCAUAUAUAACCAUGGCAAAUGUUAUCCAUGUUAUUAUCGGUCUGAGGCAUUCAGGUUUUGGAAUAUACUGUACAUAAAAUAGAAAAUGAAAUAGAAAAUAUUUCCCUUUGUAAAAGGGAAGUAUGUCCUGUGUGAAGCACAGAUGGAAACUAAAGGAACAAGUGGCAAAUCCUCGGCUGCGUCCCAGGUCACCUUUGGUGCUGAAUCCAACCCUCCAAAGGCAGCUAAAGAAUGGUGCAUUUGAGGCCCAAGAAGUUGAUUAAAGUACGGGGAAAUAUUUGUUCCCUCUCUGUAGCCGACGACUGAACAAUGUUUCCCUGCAGUUUGACCAACGCUGGAUAAUAGCUGUGAUCGACAAGAAGACCCCAGUGAGCAAUCAUCUAUUAACACUUGAAAUGAUGUACGGUAAUGCAUCAUUACUUAAACUUCAUGAUCACAUCAUUUACUACCAGUUUGGUGACCUGGGGCACUGCUGCCAUGAUUUUGUGCACAAGCUGUCUCCACCCAAUCAGAAUGUCCGGCUCGUCCUCAUGUAUGCUCCUCCGUAUAUUUUGAUGUGUUUUAAUGAAAAAUAACACGGUUCUCAAUAUUCCUGUUAAUGUUAUUGCUGAUGCGCCUGAUAAUAGUACAAACGGCCCGCCUAUAUGCUACACUUGCAGACAGUACACUCUUGCAGUUUCGUAUCUUGCUCAUCCGAACACUGUUUCUUCCUUUAAGGAGAAUAAAGUUCCAAAAAAAGUUUAUGAUGGAAAAAAAAAAGAAUAUCUUGUCUGAUUUCCUGGAUUGCAAUCCAGACUGCGUGGAAGUGAUGAGAAUGAACAAUUAUAUGAUGUU